GGUAACUCAACGGAGUAAUUUCAUAAAUUUACAAUUUAUAAAAUAUAACACGAGUUCAUGAAAUCUUUGUAAAAUAGAAACAGCAAAAUAUUGAGAAUACGAUAAAAAGUCAACGUAACAAACAUGUCACGACACAGAAUCGUCCGUACAAUGGACUACAACGAUGAGUACGAUGGCUAUGAGGAUGUUUAUGGCCAUUCCGUGGACGACGACAAUAGCUGCAUCUCGCCCACAGAUGCUCAACAAUGGCUAUUCGACAGAGCCAGGGGCCAUCAGUCUAUGUCAGCUUUUAUGCGUGACAACAAAGAUAUUGCUGAAGAGGAGGAGGAGGAGGAAGAAGAAGGCGACAAGUCGUAUGAGAAGUCUAGACGAGAUUCGGAUAAUUUUCAAAUGCCCGUGCUGAAUGAUUUAGAGAAAGCCCAACUUACAUCCUGCAUCGAUGAGAUACGUAGUGUUGUGGGCGAUACGGUUUCAGAAAAACGAAUUGUAGAGACAUCGAUCAAAUUUGGCUAUGACAUCAAUAAAAUUUUGGAUGACAUUCUCAAUGACGAAUGUGAAAAUAAAACCAAGCGCCUUCAGCAGGAAACAACAAGGGAGCCCACACAACCUCCAAAGAUAUCCAUAGCAGAGUUCACAGAGAAAAAGAACGCAACAGCUGCCACACCAAUUGUGAAGGUCACUGCUUUGCAAAGUGAUAUAAAGAGGGGAUUCGAAAUCAGUUCUCCUGCUUUACCCAGUUCCCCGGUGGUAUCUGGCCGCAAUACACCCAUUGAUUUUAAUGAGGAUUCUAAUAAAAGAUCUUCAGGAGCGGCUGGUGCACUUUUGGAUGCCAAUGUUUUCAAGGUGUCCAAAGAGCAGUCUCAGCGAGAUGCCAAACAGCUGUAUACCAAGGAACGUGCAGACCAAAAACACCAUUUACAUAUGAUUGUAAUUGGACACGUGGACGCUGGCAAAAGUACCCUAAUGGGUCAUUUAUUAUACGAUACGGGUAAUGUAUCGCAACGAGUUAUGCACAAAUAUGAGCAGGAAUCGAAAAAAAUGGGCAAACAAAGUUUUGUGUAUGCUUGGGUUCUUGAUGAGACCGGUGAGGAGAGAGCUAGGGGUAUCACUAUGGAUGUUGGCAAUUUUCGCUUUGAAACGGACAGUAAAGUCAUAACUCUGCUUGAUGCUCCAGGACAUAAAGACUUUAUACCCAACAUGAUAUUGGGUGCUACACAAGCCGAUGUGGCACUUUUGGUGAUCGAUGCCACAAGAGGAGAAUUUGAGUCUGGCUUUGACUUGGGAGGGCAGACAAGAGAGCACGCUCUCUUAGUUCGUUCGCUAGGCAUCAACCAACUCGGUGUAGUCAUUAACAAACUUGAUACUGUAGGUUGGGACAAGGAACGGUUUGAUGAGAUUGUACAAAAGCUGAAAGCUUUCUUAAAGCAAGCUGGUUUCAAAGAGUCUGAUGUAACGUAUACGCCAUGCUCAGGCCUAACUGGGGAGAAUCUCACUAAACCAGCCACAGAGCUUGCCCUUACAGCCUGGUACAAAGGGCCACAACUAUUGGCAGUAAUUGACAAUUUUAAAAUACCCGAACGUUCCAUAGACAAGCCUUUCCGCAUGUCUGUUUCGGAUAUCUUCAAAGGAACUGGCUCAGGUUUUUGCAUAUCAGGUCGCAUUGAAACCGGUGUCUUGUGUGUAAACGAUAAAGUGUUGGUGGGAUCUUUAAGGGAACAAGGUCAAGUCAAAAGUCUACUCAUCGAUGAAAUGUCUCAGAACACCGUUUUUGCUGGUGAUCAGGUGGCGGUAACCUUAUCGGGGGUCGAUGCGAAUAAUAUUAUGGUCGGCAACAUAAUAUGCGCUCCACAACAUCCCAUACCGGUGACCACACGUUUUCAGGCACGCAUAUUAGUGUUCAAUGUUAAAGUACCAAUUACAAUAGGAUUUCCCGUCUUACUGCACCAUCAGUCACUCAUCGAGCCGGCUGUUAUAAGCAAACUGAACGCACAGAUUCAUAAAGGAACUGGAGAAGUAGUUAAGAAGAAACCCCGUUGCUUGGGCAACAAUUCUUGUGCACUUGUAGAAUUGGAAACGACACGUCCCAUAUGCAUAGAACGCUAUUCUGACUUCAAAGAACUUGGUCGGAUUAUGCUGCGUGUAUCGGGUGUAACGAUUGCAGCUGGUAUGGUGACCAAAAUUCGCUGAAUAUUGCAAAAAGUCUUUAGAGGCAUAGAGCAGAUUAUCCAAUAAAAAAUACGUUAGUUAGUAUUUUUUAUGAGUUUCGAGACAAAAAUUUUUCUCUAAACAAUUUGAUAACUUUAAUUUUUGUAUCUUCGAUUCAAACGUUAUUUUUUUUUUUUUUAAAUUGGUUAUCGUUAACAUUUUUUGUAAAGUAUUUUGCAAUUUUUAUACAUAAUUAUAAUUUGUUUUAUUUUUAUUUAGCCCAAAAUGUGGCAUUUGGGUAAUAACAUUUAAAAA